UAGUAAAUGGUUAGAUAGAGAGAGUCGCCUGGUUAUCUCAACUCCACGACGAGAGGAAAAAAAAAAAGAAAAACUCAAAGAGACAAUCUCAAUGGCGAUGAUUACGCGCAACACCGCCACGCGCCUCCCUCUCCUCCUCCAAUCUCAACGCGCCGUCGCCGCCGCCUCGUCGGUCUCUCACCUACACACAUCCCUUCCCGCUCUCUCUCCCUCCGCAUCACCGACUUCCUACACCAGACCUGGUCCGCCUUCCACCUCCGCUCCUCCUCCUGGUCUCUCCAAGGCAGCCGAAUUUGUGAUCUCUAAGGUUGAUGAUCUCAUGAACUUUGCUCGUACGGGAUCGCUCUGGCCUAUGACCUUUGGUCUCGCUUGCUGCGCCGUCGAAAUGAUGCAUACCGGUGCUGCUCGUUACGAUCUCGAUCGAUUCGGUAUCAUCUUCAGGCCUAGCCCUCGCCAGUCUGAUUGUAUGAUUGUCGCCGGGACUCUUACCAACAAGAUGGCUCCGGCUCUUCGCAAGGUUUAUGACCAGAUGCCCGAUCCAAGGUGGGUGAUAUCAAUGGGAAGUUGUGCCAAUGGAGGAGGAUACUAUCACUACUCCUACUCGGUGGUUCGAGGGUGUGACAGAAUUGUCCCGGUCGACAUUUAUGUCCCUGGGUGCCCACCAACCGCUGAGGCUUUGCUCUAUGGACUCCUCCAGCUUCAGAAGAAAAUCAACAGACGCAAGGAUUUCUUGCACUGGUGGACCAAGUGAGCUUUAAAUCCUUCAUCCAGUCAUGAAAGGGGCCUUUUCAGACAUUUUUACCAAAGUUUGGGGAUAAUAAUAAAUCGUGGACGUUUCUGGAUUGCAUGUUUCUUUGUGGUGGAGAUGCCAUGUAAAGGAGUGUGUUUCUAAGUUUGUUAUGGAAACUUAAUAAACUUAAGAUGUUGUUGUCUGAGUUCUUUUGUUAUAUUAUCAACCAGUUUUCAGCUAGAUGCUGACUAUUGCUAAUUUUACAUAUGUUCUUUUUUAAUAUA